CUCCAACCAUAUUAUCAUUUCCCUCGUCUUACUCUUUCCUAAUUCCCUAUAGCAUUUCUCUGCUUCUCCAGUUCGUUUCCAAACAAAGAUGGAAAUGCCAGCGGUAAUUUUACCCAACCCACAUUUGUUGCAGAGUGACCACCUGUUCAAGUACAUAUUGGAGACGAGCGUGCACCCGAGAGAGCCACAAGUUCUCAAGGAGCUCAGGGAUACUACCGACGCCACAGAUACCGGCCGGUCUUCAAUUGCUUUGGAUCCACACUCUGGGCAAUUUGUGGUGGAAUGGUACGAGGUGGGGCUGCCCUUCAUUAAAAAGGCAGGAGUUGAACACAAAAUUGACUUCAUCCACUCGCUAGCACUUCCCGUUCUUGAUGAUCUCCUCCUCCAAGGGGGAAAUGAAGGGAGCUUCGAUUUUGCGUUCGUGGACGCGGACAAGCGCAACUACGGCAACUACCACGAGCGGCUGAUGAAGCUGGUGAGGAUCGGCGGCGUGAUGGUCUACGACAACGUGCUGUGGGGAGGCACGGUGGCGAGCCCCGACGGCGACGGUGUCCCCAACCACAUGAAAAAGAACAUGGCGAUAGCGAUUGAGUUCAACAGGAAGAUCGCUGGCGACGACCGAGUCGAGAUCUGCGUCGCCCCAAUAGGUGACGGCCUCGCCAUCUGUCGCCGGGUUUCUUGAUCAAUACUUCAUUGCUUGCUGUUGCUGAUGGAACCAUGUGUUCCUGGAAGGGGAAAAGAAAACAAAUCUAGAAAUUUGACUCAAUG